AUGGGAGACAUUUUUAGGGCGGACGAGGAAUUUUCAUACUACUGGGCGGACGAGGAACCUAUUUAUCAAAAGAAGUACCCCGAAAAGUCGUGCAAUCCAAAAUGUGUGAAACCGUUCCUCGAGUUUCAGGCAUGCGUUAAGAGGAUCCAAGAUUAUGAAAGCGGACACAAGCAUUGUACUGGACAAUAUUUUGAUUUCUGGUCUUGUAUCGACAAAUGUGUUGCUCCGAAGCUUUUCGCGAAGCUGAAGUGA